GAAGUAUUUCUGACAGUCAUUUAGAGGCUAUUCGAAAGGCUCCAAAGCCCCGAACAGUCAGGGAGAUGAUGACAUUCCUCGGUAUCACUGGUUACUCUUCAGCAUGGAUUGCAGAUUAUGCAAGUUUGACAGGACCUUUAAGGGCUAUGAUUAAAGAUACUGGGAGUACUCAACUUCAUUGUAAUCUUCUCUGGACACAGGAUGGUUUAUUAGCCUUUGAAACGAUCAAACAGAGGUUACAAGAAGCUCCAGCGUUAGCACUUCCAGACUAUUCUAAGGAUUUUCUGUUGUACGUAUCUACUUCAGCUGGAGGAAAAUAUGCAUGUGCAGUUCUUUGUCAGCCAACCGGUACAGGGACCAGUCCUCAACCUAUUUCAUAUUAUUCUACUGCUUACUCAGAUGUUGAACUUGGACUACCACUGUGUUAUAGAGCAAUGGUGGGAGUCUAUUUAAUGUAUGACAAAGCAUCUUCGGUCACGAGGGGAUAUCCAGUGACAAUUCUUACUCAUCAUAGUCUCAGAAAUCUUUUGAACUAUGGCAGGUAUACGUUGACCAUGCCUAGACUUAGAGACUAUAAUAGGCUUUUAGAACAGGAGGAUGUCACAUUAGUCAGAUGUGUUACGAUAAAUCCAGCUGAGAAUUUGCCAACUCCAGAAGAUGGUGAACCACAUGAUUGUGUUCAAGAAGCAGAGAAAUACUCAAGAUUAAGGUCAGAUUUGAAAGCUCUCCCACUGCGUGAGGCAGAUGUAGAGUAUUGGACUGAUGGGUCCUGUUAUCGUGUGGGAGAUAAUUUGAGUGCUGGUUAUGCGGUGGUAAAAGCCCAGGGAACAGGAUUUGUUGUUGCGAAAGUGGAAGUGGUACCGCAGCCUGCAUCAGCGCAGCUUGCCGAAUUGGUGGGGUUAACUGAAGCAUGUCUUUUAGCAGAAGGCAAGCGUGUGACGGUCUAUACAGAUUCUGCAUAUGCUCAUAAUGUGUGUCAUUUGUUUGGAUCGGUAUGGAAAAAUCGAGGGUUUAAGAAAACAGAUGGUUCCCCAAUACAGCAUCACACUCAGAUAAUGAAACUUCUCCAUGCUAUGAUGAAACCUAAAGAAAUAGCAAUAGCUAAAUGUGCAGCACAUAAGAAGGAUGUGUCAAGAGUCACUCAGGGUAAUAAAGCGGCUGAUGAGGCUGCAAAAGCAGUGACAGGAGCUGAGAAGUUGGGUAAAGUUUUCUUGGUCACACAUGAAGUAGAUUUGGAGGAUAAGAUUACAGUGAAAGAUGUGGUCUUAAUGCAGGAAGCUGUCUCUGAGGUGGAUAAACAGUUGUGGGUAGAUCGAGGGGCAACACAGGAUUCUACUGGUCUUUGGAGAAAUCAUGAGGGACUGAUAGUAGCACCUCCAGACCUGUUGGGAUUGAUGAUUCAGGAAGCACAUGGCUUAGCCCAUGUUGCAAGGGGGGAAGUUAGGAGGUAAGAGGUACAUGUUGGUCGUCGUGGAU